AUGAAACCUGAACAAGUGGAGGAGAUUUUGAGGCGCAAGGAGCGCGAGCUCGAACUACUCGAAGAGAUGACCCGAGAGGCGGGAUUUACUCCGCGAGCUUCGCUUCGGCGGUCCCCGCCGCCAUCGGCGGGCGUCACGCCACCGGUUAUCACUCCGGUCGCAGGGUCUAGUAAGAGGAAGUGGGACUCCCCGGAGGAGCUCGAGGAGGAGCUGCGACGCCGCGUAAGAGCGGCACCAGUGAGAGGAACAGACACCCCGCCGCUGGGGGGCAUCCUCGCCAGAGAGCAGGAGGCGGAGCCGGUGCCAGCAACGCCGACGGAGGAGGUGGUGAUGACCAUUGGCCAGGAAGAGCCAACGGGGUUACUGGUGGAGCGCGCCAACAAGGCGGGGGGAGAGGCGCUGAUGGCGGCCGCGUCGUCGUCAACGUCAAAAUUGAACAAAGCGGACAUAGCCGCAAUCGGGACCCAAGUGCAACGCCUUACGGCGAUAGUGGCGACCCUGGGGGCCCGAUUGGGAGAAGAACGCCUACGGGCGCACAGGUUGGAGAGCGCACUGGACCAGGCAUCGGCGGCGGCGACAGGCCUCGCGCCCGCCAGUAGUCCCUCAAUACUUACCAGAGGAUACGCGGAUGUCUUAAGGGUCGGCGGGGGGGCGACUAAGCCGAAACCCGUUGCAGCAGGGAAGGCGCUGGCCUUCUACCCGAAGCCGAAGGCGGCGGAAAAACUUAAAACGGCGGACGACACUAAGGCGGCCCUAAAGUCGAGCCUAGACCCGCGGGCUCUGGGAGUGCGGGUGAGCCAGGUCCGCAAGGUGGCGAACGCUGGGGUGCUGGUGCACGCGGCCACGAAGGAGGAGGCCGAAAUAAUAAAAAAGGCGGCGCCAGCACAUCUGAGAGUGCAGGACCCCAAGGCGCGGAACCCAUUUGUUGCGGUCGUGGCGGUAGAAGGCCGGCGGGUGGAGGAUGAACCUUUCUUGAGGGCACUGAGAACGCAGAACUUCCCGGAGCAGGAGAGCUGGGCCCCCAGCGACGUUAAAGUCGCAUUCAAGAAGAACGCCAGGGGGGGAUGA